GUCGAGCUCACAUUGAUUUAAUUCUCUCGAUUUAUGAAGUCAUUUGGUUGGAUACCUCCAGAAAUGAGGAUUUCGGGAUUUGUGAUUGUUUUGUUAAGUGUUUUGGGGAAUUCCGCGGGGGAGGAUGGAGAUCGGGACGUGGUGGAUUGCGCUGCACAGCGGAAGUGCUCCAGCUGCAUCAAGACACCCUCGUGUGUGUGGUGCUCGGCCACAGGGUUGAAUGCAUCUGACGUACUGCCAGCUCGUUGCAUACCGAGAAGAAUUCACGAGGAACGAAUGCAAGAAGGGAGAGACUGGUGUUUCGGCCAUAAAAUCAUUGACGAAGUCUCCUCAGUCGCAGUAGAGAGGAAUGACUCACUGUCGUCGAUCAAGGGGAGAGAGCCCGUGCAAGUGCAGCCACAGAAGAUCCACCUGAAGCUCAGAAAACAGGAGGAGUUUCGGUUGAAGCUGAGGUACACUCAGGCUGAGGAUAACCCGGUGGACAUGUACUACCUCAUGGACCUCUCCGCGUCGAUGCGAGAGUACAGAAAACACUUGUCGGAGUUGGGGGAGGAGCUGGCUACCACUAUGAGGAAUUUGACAUCUAAAUUUAAACUUGGAUUUGGGAGUUUCGUUGAUAAAGUGGCUCUUCCUAUGACGGACACUUCACCCGCCAAACUGAUCAAACCAUGUGAUGGCUGUGCACCCCCUUACGGCUAUAAACAUCAACUGCCUCUGAAUGACGAUGAUAAAUUAUUCACAAGAAAAGUGAAGGAAGCUCCUAUUUCCGGUAACCUGGACGCCCCGGAAGGAGGCUUCGACGCCAUGAUGCAGGCCAUGGUCUGCACUGAGCGAAUCGGUUGGAACGAGAAGGCACGACAUCUUCUCGUCGUCUCCACAGACGCUAGUUCCCACAUGGCUGGUGAUGGCCGACUUGCAGGGAUAAUAGAACCAAACGACUGUCAAUGCCACUUGGAUCCAACGGGAACCUACACCCACUCCCUCCUCCAGGACUACCCAUCCCUCGCCCAAAUAAACAAGCAGGCUCGCGAUCACAACAUUCACGUGGUUUUCGCAGUGCCCGCAGGUAAAAAUGAAACUUAUCAGAUGCUGAGUCAAGGGAUUCAGGACUCAGCCGUUGGGAUUAUUGAGAAGCAUGAUAGAUCUGCUGUUAUACAGCUGAUCCAGGAUGAAUACAAGAGAUUAGUGACGUCAGUCACCUUAAUCGAUACAGCCCCAGACUUCAUCGACAUCAAGUACUCAUCGUCAUGUCUGAGUGGGGCUGGUGAGAAGGAGACCAACUUCUGCGAUGGUCUCCACUACGGUGACGUCGUGGAGUUUGAUAUUGUGGUGACUGCCACGGAAUGUCCUGCUGAUGAAAAACUAUGGAAGGGGUCGUUCUUGAUUAGACCCCAGGGAUUGAAGGAGAAUCUUACAAUUGAUUAUGAAUUGAUGUGUGGGUGUCCAUGUGAUCAUCCGGGGCAUCCAGGUCAUAUUACCGGAGCCAAAGAAUGCAACCACAAAGGUGCAUUGAUAUGCGGCGUAUGCUCCUGUCCGAGUGGCUACUACGAUGAGGCUUGCGUUUGUCGCGGUGACGACGAUGCCGCCACCAGGAAAAACAGAGUGAAAAAUUGUCGAGCGGCAAAUCAUACAGUCGACUGCAGUGGUCACGAUGUAUGCAUAUGCGGCACUUGCCAAUGCAGCAAACUUUCAUCGGGAGAUAAAGUAUACUACGGUGACUACUGCGAGUGCAACAACUUCUCCUGCAACCGUGUAACCGAAGGCGGUCGUCAUCUGAUUUGUAAUAAUCAUGGCCGGUGUGACUGCGGCACGUGCAGGUGCCAACGGGGAUGGAGCGGUGAGGCCUGUGAGUGCAGGGACAAUGCUUGUUUACCGCCUGGGAAGAACGCCGAGAUUUGCAGCGGUCGGGGAGAGUGCAAGUGUGGAAAAUGCCUCUGCAAUCCACCGAGUAUUUAUUCGGGGGAAUUCUGUCAAAAUGCUUAUUGCGAGGACCCCAAAGCAUGUUCCGGAAGUGACUGUGAUCUUUUAAAAGACUGCGUGGAGUGUCUCGCAUACAAAACUGGACCAAAAGCUAAGGACUAUUGCGGUGGAUGCGAUGACGAAGUUUAUCUCGUAGAUAAAGUUGUAACGAGUAGAGAAGAGCAUGCAGCGGGCACUCGCAUGUGCUGGGUGCCCUCAGAAGACGGUUGCACAUUCGCAUUCAAGUACGCCCUCCUCCGAGAAGGGGGUGACCAGAAGCUGUACAAUAUAACUGUCGAGAGAACGAAAAAAUGUCCCGAGCCAGUGCCUGUUCUGGGGGUUGCCAUUGGCGUCGUAGUUGCCACUGUCCUUCUAGGGUUGUUGGGUCUCCUCAUCUGGAAAGUCCUCACUACUAUUCACGACAGGAAGGAGUACGCGAAAUUCGAGAAGGAGAGGUCUUCGGCCAAAUGGGGAAGAGAUGAAAACCCGCUUUACAAACCGUCGACGACGACCUUCAGCAAUCCAACGUUCGAGCAGACUAGACAAACCUAAUGCCAAAUUGAAUAGAGAAUAGUUAGUUUAAGAAUUUUAUAUUUAUGACUAUGUUGCCGCCACUUUUGUACCAAAUAUGAGUGAAUGAUGAAUUAAUAAAUUAGGAUUUAUAAGUUUUUGUCAAACUUAUUAAUAUUAAGUUUCUUAUACAGUAUUAAGAAUAUAGAUUCGAAGAUUUUCGAUGAUUGAGAUUUUUUUUAUCAAUGGACAAUCUCAUUCAUACAAAUUAUAUUUUGAAAAAAUGAUUUUUCCU